CACACUUUAGCAUAUAGUUUCAUAAAGAUGGAGUCGUGUUUCUACGAUGCCGAGGUGUGUAGGCGUUUCAACAUGCUUGGCAACUAUAUUAAUUACUACGAGACUGCUAUAAAGCGGAUUAAAGAUACAGCCCCGGAGUCCGAUGACAUACCUGCUGACUGUCUGGGUCACGUUAAGGAGCCUACUAAGGGGUCCGAGAGUGAUGCAUCAUCGGUAUCUGAUGAAUCUGUUGAUGAGGAACCACUACCAGAACCCGAGAACACUAUAUCUACUAACGAGGCAAAGCUGCUAUGUAAACUAAAGGAGGCUGAGUAUACAAUUACUGCGCUGCAAGAACACCUUAAUUCCAUGAAUAAAGACCAUUUUGAUGUAGAACAAGCAUUGAAGAAAACAUAUUACGAAGAUAGAAAACGGGAUCAGCAGGAGUGCCAUAGACUGCAGAAUGAACUCAUAGACAAACACCAGCAGAUUGUUGAACUCGCUAGGAAAAAUGAGUUAAACACCAAGUUUUGGGAUGACCGGCAGCGUGAGAUAAAUAACCUCAUGAACGAUGUUAUCCUGAAUGUCAAGGACAUGUAUAGGUAUCAAGAACUUUGCAAUAUUUUUAGCCCCAAAUAAUAACUAUC